GUCAAUAAAAAUUUGUUUACAAUAUCGUUAGUCAUUUAUUUCAACUUUCGUUGUUUUUUUUUUUUAGCAUUGAAAUGAUUAACAUUUGGAGUUCAGCAUCAACAGGAGGUACUGAGGGGUCAAGUCCUGCCUCAAGUCCAGCUUCAGCAGCUAGCCAAGCAAUGUCAGCACCUAAAUAUGGUACAUUGGUACCUAAUCGUAUAUUUGUUGGUGGUAUUUCUGCGAGUACCAGUGAGGCUGAAUUAGCACAAUUAUUUUCUGCUUACGGUAAUGUUAAGGCUACUAAAAUAAUAUCCGACAGAGCUGGUGUCUCUAAGGGUUAUGGGUUUGUUACAUUUGAAACCGAAGCUGAAGCCAAACGGCUUCAACAGGAGCCUGAGAGUAUUAUUUUGAGAGAGAGGAAACUAAAUAUUGCGCCUGCAAUUAAAAAACAGCCUUUUAAUCGUUCGUUCGAUGGUAGUUCAGGUUCACCUCCAGCUGUGCCUACAAGUCCUUACUAUUAUGCUAAUGGCAUGGGACUACCUUACCAAAAUGGUUUAACAUUUUACAAUACUGGAGCGCCAACUCCUGGUAAUCCAUUAGCACCACCAACUGAUCCAGCCGCUAUUUAUCAAGCUGCUAGUGUUUUUGGACCUCAAGCUGCAUCAACACAUCAAACGUUUGCUCCAAUGAUGUAUCCAUGUCCCGCACCUUCACUUUACAUGCCACAACAGUAUCAAUACUCUCCAAUGCCUUACGAGUCGUAUUACACGGGAGCAGCUGGUGCACCUCAGUAUGUGUAUGCAACGAGUAACACAACGAAUAAUGGUAAUCCAAAUGGCGGAGGCGGUGGAGUCGCUGGAGGAGGAGGUGGCGGAGGAGGUAGCAGUGGAAACAACAGUAUAACUGGUGCAACAAGUCCACCAUCAAAUGGACCACAUGGACUACAAACGCUUACCGCUCCGCACUAUUAUACUACUGGUACUCAUCCAGCAGGAGUUCCAGCAGCAGUCCCGCCGCCUGCAUCCGGAUCACAAUCAUUGGAUCAUAUUUAUUAUAGUUUUACUACUGGUACACAACAACCUCAGCAUACACAUCAGCAGCAUCAAAGUAACACAUUGCAACAUGGAUCUAUGAGUAUUGGUGACCAACAACCACUGCUUCUUUAUACGACCGAUGGAUCUUGCCAACAGUCCGCCAGUUCUGAUGCUCAAAAUCAACCCACAGAGGACACACGCUCAACAUCGAGCCACUCAGAUCAUCAGUCACAGCAUCGUCAGGCCCAAUCAACUGGCAACGAGUCAAACCACCUAUCACUUCCGCCAGCUCCAUUAAUACCUUUAAUGCCUCUAAAAUAUCCAUUAGCAAACCGGUAUCCUUACCACCCUCACUCCCAACACUCUUUAGCUCUCCAACCCCAAUCAUCAACUCAGUCUCUGUGUCCUGAAUCAACAGAGGAUCCAAUGCAAUGUCGCAUCCUUUACCACCCAGUUUACAUUCCAAACCCCUACAACCCUACUUCUUUACUACCCACUCCCAUGAUACAAAACACGUCAUACGAUUCAUCAAAGCGUGACGGUCAUCUAAGCAAAUCUCUUUCCUUCAAUCGUCCAUUACAUCAAAAUUUACAUAUUUUUCCUUCAAUGCAGCACCAAAAUUACACCAACAAAUUCAAUAAAUUUCCUCCCUUGAAUCGGGUGAAUUCGCACAAAAGAAAUUACAAUUCUUAUUCCCGCACGACUAACCGGUCCUUUAGUGGUACUUCACCAGCAUCUUCUGGUGGAGCUAACGCGGGUACUACAGCAGUUGCGACGACAACCGCAGCUUCAACGACAACGACGACUGCUAAAAGUCAUAUCGAUUCUCGUAAAAAAAUAAAUAAUUCGUAUGUUUAUAAAUCAAAUGACAGUGAUUCGAAUGCUGUUGAAUCUAAUGACGUUAAAAUGACAACAACAACAACAACAACAACAACUACUACUACUACUACUACAACUGUGACUACAUCAACAGCAACUUCAUUAUCAUCUUCAUCAUCAUUAACUCCACCUCCAGCACCAUACUCACCAAUGACACAUCCAAUUCCAAAUUAUUCCCAUCAAAAUCUCCAGGUGUUCUACAGUCAGAGCCGUUAUUCAUCAAAUCAAUUGCAGUCACAGCCUCAGCAUCACUAUCAUCACCACCAUCAUCAUCAACAGCAGCAGCAGCAGCAACAAAAUCAGCAGAAUCAGCAAAGAAGGUAUGGAAAUACACAAAACUCAAGUGGAUCAGUACGUAAUAAAUCUGAUAAAUACAACAAUUCAACUCAGUCAAGUGCUCAAAGUGUUAUUUUGCGUAAUAAUAAAUAUAAAAUGAAUGGUAUUAUGCAAAAUAAUAAUAGUUGUAGUGCUGGUGGUAAAUCAUCAUCUAAUAAUGCUGGUGAAGAUAAUUUAGGCGGAGCUGGUGAUGCACAACAGACAGUUAAUCGUAAUAAUUUGCCAUUAACACCACCAGGUACUCCUAGAAAUUUACAAGACUCAAGUCAAAUUAGUGAUACGUGCCAUCAAAUACAAGCACUUACACUUUAA